ACUAACAUAAAAUUUCGUAGCAUAAGCAAAAAUUAGCAUUUCGUUCAUUUGUUGUGUCUACCUGAAAAUUGCAGUAUAUUGAACUGUACGUUGAAGCGCAGGCUCAUGUACCAAAAGUUUGACGGAGUUGGCGAGGAGUAGAGCAAGUAGAAUGAGUGCAAAUUUCAACAAUUUAUUUGAAAAUAAACGUUCUUUUACUGCAUAAACAUUUAAUAAAUAAACACCUAAGCCUUUUGGUAUAGUCAAUGUACGGAAAAAGCGAAAUAUUCCUUGUCUUGGUUGGACGACGACACGUAAAAUGGCGAUAAGAUUUGUGGAUGCAACUUAUUUAGCUUUGACACGAAUAAGCUUUCUGGUGACGGACCUCUCUAAAAAGAACUACAAAUCAAGUAUGGCUGAAAUACAAAAUUUAGUGGAUCAGUAUGGUACUGAAGCAGAACGCCACAGAUUUCGUUCAUUGUUUUCUUCAAUUGACUUCUCUGUUGAAGGCAAAGGUAGUGGAAAAGACUUUCAACAGGUUCAAAUGCUUAGUCAAGAAUGUCAGUCGUUGAUUUGCAAAACAAAUUUUGUGUCAAUUAUUUGUUUUGCACUAGAGAAUCAAGAACAGUUUCAAAAGUCCUUAAAGCCUUCCAUUCAUCUUCUCCCUCAAAUAAGCAAGGUCCUGAAAUUCAGUCGUGUGCAGGAGGUUGUGUUUGGUUUAGCUUUGAUGAAAUCAUCCAACGAAGAGCUUAGGAACUUUGCUGGACUAUUUGUCAAGCAAAAGCUACCAGAUCUUCUACGUUCCUACAUUGAUUCAGAUGUUGGAGGUGGUCUAGAAGGAGGUCUUACGGAUGUUGCAAUUGAGGUCCUUCAUGUCCUUCUUACGUACUUGCUAUACACACCUCAGAAAGAGGUUGGUAUUGGUGAAGAUCAGAAGCAAGCUUUUCUUACUACUCUGAGAAAAGAUUUCCCAAGCGAGCGGGUACCCGUUGUUUUGGCUCCUUUACUUUAUCAAGGAGUUCAUGAUAUGUCAUUAAAUCGAUUUAGUCUUGAAAGCUCACCCGUGCCUAAGUUGAUGAUGGAAGAUGACAUGAGCAAAUUAAUGCACGAAGUCGGUUACUUGUGUUGUUCAAGCAUGCAGGAGUGUAAAGAGAUCGUUGGUCAAUUUUACAAGUCAAAUGUUACUCCAAUGUGUAUUGCCAAGGUUCUAGGAAUGAUGGCAAGGACCGUUUCAGGUCUUGGAGAAUCUCUCUCGUUACAAACAUCGGUGAACGUUAUCACGCCAAUGGAGUUAAAAAACCCCGAAGAACCAUCAACAGGUCCUAGCACAUGGAACGUGGAAGUAUUUGUUCAAACUGUCAAAGAUUUGCUUCCAGAGAUGAAUUGGAAACAAGUGAUUUCUUGUUUGGAUCAUUCUGGAUUCUUCAUCAGCACUGUGGAAGCUCUGCGCCUGAUAGUCACAGCCUGUCAAAAAGGAUUACAUGAAGUAUUUCCGAUUGAGGUUCUUUAUCGACCCUGGUCUAACACUCGUGGACAGUUGUCUUGGAUCCAGCAAUCAUUAAUAAAUCCGGAUGUCUUCUGUUUUGCUGACUAUCCUUGUCAUACAGUUGUUAUUGAUAUUCUUAAAUCGCCUCCCGAGGAUAACAAUAAAGAGAUCUUGACAUGGCAAUCAUUGAGUCUUGUAGAGACAUUACUUCGACUAGCUGAAUGUGGUCAUUACGAUGCAGUGAAAUCCUUGUUUGAUUUUCCCAUCAAGCAUUGUCCUGAUGUUUUACUCUUAGCCUUACUUCAGAUAAACCCCCAAUGGCAAAUAUUAAAGUUCGAUCUAGCCUCUGUACUUAUUCCAAUGUUUCUUGCAAAUCAUCCCAACUCUUUAUGUGUUCUACAUCAUGUAUGGCAUGGUCAGGGUCAAUCUUCUCCUGCCAUUCGACAUCUUGUUGUUCAAGCAAUGGCUGACUGCUACAUGAAAGGCGAUCAAAUGGAUCUGUCGCGAAUACUUGACGUUGCCCAAGAUUUAAAGGCUCUUUCUAUCUUACUGAACGGUUCAACCUUUGCGUUUGUUAUUGAUCUGGCUGCGUUGGCGUCACGUCGGGAAUAUCUUAAACUGGACAAAUGGUUGAAUGACAAACUUCGUGAACAUCAUGAAGAUUUUGCUGUUGCUGUUGUUGAUUUCUUAAAAAGACGCUGUCCACAUUUGGCAGGCAUUAUUCCCGAGAAAGAGUUGCCUAAGAGUGCACAGUUACCCCAAGAAACUGUAAACACAAUGUUAUCGUGUCUGCAGGUUUAUUCAGGACACGUGACCUUGGAGUUAAAUGAAGAGAUAAAACAAAUGAUAUCUCGUCAUGGUCCAAUUCUGAAAUCCAGGCAGCCAUCUUUAAGUGUUCCUCUAUCAUCGUUGUCAAGGCAGACAAGCCGUGAUCCCGCACUUCCAACACAGAUGGACUCUUUUGCUGGCCUAAAUUUUUCAUCGGGUCCCAUUCCUCCGACACCUACAACCCCAUCACAGCUACCAAAUUUCCCGCCGCAUCCUCUAUCGAGUGGUGGUGGAUUGGGCACUAUCGGUCUUGGUUCCGCCAUUGGUCAAGCGCCUUCGAAAUCAUUGUCUCAAUUAAGUGCAGGAUUAUCGAGUAGUGGGGGUAAUCCUCUUCUUCAACAAUUGCCUGUUGGAUUUUCGAACGACAACUUUCAAUCUCUCGGUGUUAGCAGUUCGACGUCAAGCUUUACUUCCACCAAACCUAUGGGUUCGUUUUCCUCACAACCUACACAGACAACUGGACAGACGCAGCAACAACGUUUGCAGGCUGAGAAACUUCGUCAAACUUCCGCCGGCAACGAUAUAACGGCAGUUUUGCCUGGCGUAAAUCAAUCGUUCUCCAGUGAAGUUGAGAGCGAAGCAAACUCGUACUUUCAGAAAAUUUAUAAUCAACCACCUAACCCAACUAUGACCAUUGACGAAGUCUUGGAAAUGCUAAAGAAAUUUAAAGAUUCCUCGUCGAAAAAGGAAAAGGAGGUGUUUCUUUGUAUGCUACGUAAUCUGUUCGAAGAAUAUGGUCACUUUCAUAAUUAUCCUAACAGAGAACUGCAUACGACCGCUUGCCUCUUUGGUGGUAUCAUUGAUCAAGGCCUUGUUACGUUUAUGGCUUUGGGAAUUGCGUUACGAUAUGUACUUGACGCCCUACGAAAACCAUACCAAAGUAAAAUGUAUUUGUUUGGUAUAACAGCUCUCGACAGGUUUCGAAUGAGAUUAAAAGAUUAUCAACAUUAUUGUCGACACUUGGCGUCCAUACCUCAUUUCAACGAGUUUCCUUCUCACCUCAUCCAGUUUAUUGAAUAUGGAAUUCAAUCAAUGCAGCCUCCACUGAGCGGUCGCUCUUUACAGGAAACAACAAUGACGAACUAUUUUGGCAGAGUAAGUUCAUCGACUGUCUCCGAUACUCUCACAACCUCCAGUGCAGCUGCUGUUACUACUUCAGCACUAACGUCCAGUACAUCAGAAGCGUCGAAACAAUUUUCUCUGUCGACUGGAAUGUCCUCCAGCGGAAAUGCCAGGAAAGAACCAUCAAUUGCAAACGCUAGUAAUAUCGAUACUCUUCUUGGAGCGUCAGAAAAAUCCGAACUUGCUCAACCGUCUGAAUCUAUUCAAGAUAAAGUUCACUUCAUCUUUAAUAAUAUUUCAAGCAGCAAUUUAGCACAAAAGGGAGACGAACUGAAAGACGCCGUAAAAACUGAGUAUUUUCCCUGGCUUGCUCAGUAUCUUGUCAUGAAACGCGUCAGUAUUGAACCAAACUUCCACGAUCUUUAUGUCAAAUUUAUGGAAACAUUGAAAUGGAAGGAAUUAUAUCAGCUUGUUUUACAAGAAACUUAUCGAAAUAUCAAGGUUUUACUGCAAUCAGACAAAGUUCCUGCAAAUUUCUCCGAUAGAUCUUUAUUGAAAAACCUCGGUCAUUGGUUGGGGCUUAUGACGCUGGCUCAAAACAAACCUGUCUUGAUGAGGAACCUGGACGUGAAAUCGCUUAUUAUCGAAGCAUUUUUCAAAGGGCAACAGGAAAUGUUGUACGUUGUUCCCUUUGUUGCAAAAAUCAUGGAAGGAUGUGCUAAGAGUAGGAUAUUCAAACCUCCUAAUCCUUGGGUAAUGGCAGUUAUGGGUGUUCUUGUUGAAUUGCAUCAAGUUCCAGACCUGAAGCUCAAUCUUAAAUUUGAAGUCGAAGUUUUAUGCCACACAUUGGGUAUUGACAUGAAGGAAGAAAUAACUCCAACUACUUUACUAAAGGAUCCCGAGAAAUUGAACCGCAUAACUCAUCAGUUAUCGUCACCUGACAAAGAUCGACUGACAGGUCCAUCUUUUCCAACCCAGGCCCCACCAAGUACUCCUCCUCCUCCCCAGUACUCUUAUCAAGAGAUCAACGUCUCGUCAUUGGCGGGACUUGCUGCUCAUAUUAAAAUCAAUCCCCAGAUUGCUCUGUUCCAACAACAACCUCAAUUGCGACAAUACGUUCGUCCAGCCAUAGAUAGAGCUGUCCAGGAAUUGAUCCAUCCAGUCGUAGAAAGAUCCAUCAAAAUUUGUUUGACAACCGCUGAAAUGAUCGUAAAAAAGGAUUUUGCACUUGACCCGGACGAGUCUCGCAUGAGGGCGGCUGCCUACGGUAUGGUCCGAUUUAUGACUGCCGGAAUGGCGUUGAUCACGUGUCGUGAGCCAUUGAAUGUCAGUAUUAAUAACAACUUAAGGACAGCUUUAACGGCUGCCAUGAGGGGUGCAACAUCUCAGCAGAAAGAAGCGAUUGACAGCGCAGCUCAAGUUAUCAGUGAAGAAAACACGGAGCUAGCAUGUACUUUCAUUCAAAAGACAGCAGUGGAAAAAGCCCUUCCCGAGAUGGAUAAACGACUCACAUCCGAGUUCGAGUUGAGACGUCAUGCUCGUAGUGAAGGUCGACGUUAUUGUGAUCCCGUUGUGUUGACUUAUCAAGCGGAGAGAAUGCCAGAACAAAUUCGAUUAAAGGUUGGUGGUGUGACGCCCAAUCAAACGGCUGUAUUUGAAGAGUUUGCUAAGACCAUCCCAGGUUUUAUUACACCCAGUCCAGAAGACAAUCUAACCGCUCAAACGUCGUUUGCCAACACUAGGUCUAUCUUUGAACAAAGUAUACAUUCAAGUGAGCCAACGAUUAUAUCCGAUGACAUUGCCCAGAUACUUGGCAAAUGCUCUGCAGAAAUCGAGCACUACUUACACACCAUGAAUUUGACUCAAAGCAGUCCACAUGGUUUAGCUAUCAUUGGCUUACUUGACGUCCUUGUUAGUGCUAGAACUUCAAGAGAUGGUGCCUCGCUUCUCCGUGUUGUUCACAAGGCUGUGAAAGGCUUGCUCGAAGGACUCAAUCCAAUACCGAGCGACACGGAGUUCGCUUUAAGAUACAGAGAUUGUCAUCUGGUCGUUUUGCGAGGUCUUCAGGAUCCUCGUGCUUGUGGUCCUCACUGGACGGGAAAAUACGUGACCAAGUUCGUGUGUGAGUGUCCUCCUGAUGUGAAAUUCAACGUCGAUGUUAUUGAUAUCUUGAUUAGAAGUCGUCUUAUAAACAUGAGAGAGUUUGAUGUCUAUCUGGCACAGUGCAUCGAGAACGAUCUUAACGUGUCUGCUAUUCAUUUUGCCGUUCAGUUGACGAAGCUUUAUCUUAUCGACGAACAUAGUAAUCAUGUUUCUCAGGGUGAUCUCUCCAAGACAUUAGAUGCUCUCUCUAGGAUGGCUGCCUCCAGGAAUGGUGUUGGCGAUACAUUGCCUUCUAUACUUGAACUUAUUCGCAGUGGUGGAAUGGGCGCUGGUGGUGACUUCUCACAGAGAUUAAACGAUCUUGAAAAGGGAUCAGGCAGCCAAUCUGGAUUAUCUCUGGGAUUAUCCGGACGAUUAUUCGAGGAUCCGCCUGGUCUUCAUGAUAAGGUGGAAUUUUUGUUGCGUGAAUGGGUUCGACUUUAUCAUCAACCUGCUGCUGGGAAAGAAAGUGAAAAAGCAUUUUCGACAUUUGUUGCCAUGCUUCAUCAACAUGGAAUAUUGAAGACUGAUGAUCUCAUCACGAGGUUCUUUCGCAUCAGUACGGAGUUAUGUGUCGAGAACACGUACAGAGCACUCAUUGAACACGCGUCCAAUCCAAGUCACGCUCGAGCAAAAUGUUUCAGUACUUUGGAUGCUUACUGUCGUUUAAUUGCAUUGCUCGUGAGGCAUUCUGGGGAUGCAAGCAAUAGUGUAACGAAGAUAAAUCUACUGACCAGGGUUUUGGGUACCGUAGUACAGGUCUUACUCCAAGAUCACGAAUUGCGUAAGACUGAUUUCCAUCAGCUUGCUUAUCAUAGAAUUUUUAUCAUACUACUGUUGGAGUUAAAUCAACCAGAGACUGUGUUGGAAACCAUCAACUAUCAAGUGUUGCAAACUUUCAGUACCAUAUUCCAUGCUCUUCGCCCUUCACGGGCUCCUGGGUUUGCGUAUGCUUGGCUGGAACUCAUUUCACAUCGUAUGUUCAUGUCGAAACUGCUGUUAAACACACCGCAACAGAAGGGAUGGGUAUUGUUCCAGCAGUUGUUGAUUGAUCUCUUCAAAUUCCUUGCGCCAUUCUUGAGAAAUGCCGAGUUAAAUAAACCAAUGCAUCUUCUUUAUAAGGGAACACUGCGUGUUUUACUUGUUUUACUUCACGAUUUCCCCGAGUUUCUCUGCGACUAUCACUUCAGUUUCUGUGAUGUCAUACCUCCCAAUUGCAUUCAAAUGAGAAACUUAAUCCUUAGUGCUUUCCCGAGAAAUAUGAGAUUGCCAGAUCCAUUUACUCCAAACCUUAAAGUUGAUUUGCUCACAGACAUUGCACAUUCUCCCAGAAUUUUGACAAAUUUUGCCAGUGCUAUUCAACCGCCAACAUUUAAGAAGGAAUUAGAUUCAUAUCUGAAAACAAGAGCUCCUGUUACUUUCCUUACAGAACUAAGGUCUCACUUACAGGUUGCCACAGAACCUGGUACCAGAUACAAUGUGCCAUUGAUGAAUGCACUUGUUCUUUAUGUUGGUACUCAGGCCAUUGCAUAUAUUCACAGUAAAAGUGGUACACCAAGCAUGUCUACCAUCACACAUUCAUCACAUAUGGAUAUUUUUCAAAAUCUUGCUGUUGACUUGGACACCGAAGGACGUUACCUUUUCUUAAAUGCUGUGGCCAAUCAACUUCGAUAUCCCAACAGUCACACACAUUACUUUAGUUGUGUUCUGUUGUAUCUGUUUGCUGAAGCUAAUACCGAAGCCAUUCAAGAACAAAUCACGAGAGUGCUUUUAGAAAGACUUAUUGUCAAUAGGCCUCAUCCUUGGGGCUUACUGAUUACGUUUAUUGAGUUGAUAAAAAAUCAUCAAUACAAAUUUUGGAGUCACGACUUUGUUCAUUGUGCACCUGAGAUUGAAAAAUUGUUUGAAUCAGUUGCCAGAAGCUGUAUGCAGCAGAAGCAACCACAGAACAGGGAAGGUGGUACGAACGAUGGUACCUGAACUAAGGAUACCUUAGGAUACAGUGCUUAAAAUUUUGUUGUGUUUGUACUUAAUAAGAAGUGGUCAAAAUAAUUGAAUGUUUUUGAAAAGUUAAUAAUGAUAAAAAUUGGGCAGAAUCCA